AAAUCUAUUCAUCAUUCACUUUCAUACGAAAUGAAGGCCUACAAUUGGUUGAAUUAUGCAUUUUUCACUUUUUCCAAAAUCUCCAAACCUCCCUUCUUCCCCUUUUUUUGUUCAGCAGAUCAUGCCAUCAACCAGUACGGACGUGUCUUCACCAACGGCCGGCCGCUGCCUGAGGAGCUGAGACUGAGCAUCCUUAAAAUGGCACAGGCCAAUAUGCGUCCCUGUGACAUAUCUCGCAAACUGAAGAUCUCACACGGUUGCAUCAGCAAGCUGCUUCUCAGGCAUGUCAAACUGUUAAAUGUUGCUCAUAUUCGCGUUGCUAAGACCUCUGCCGGGGCUCUGAGCGAAACUAGGCACGGAUGGGAAGACCAAGAUGAUGUGGUCUUGUGUUUGGUCGCAGUAUCCGUUAGCUGGGUAGUGUACCGACGCACCGGAGACAUUCGGGCCGGAGCAAUCGGUGGCUCCAAGCCGAAGGUGAGCACCGAGUUCGUCGUGCUCAGUGUUCGCCAAUACAAAGCGGAGCAUCCGCACAUGUUCGCUUGGGAGAUACGUCAGCGCCUCUUGACGGACGGCAUCUGUUCACAAGAGACACUACCCUCCAUCUCUUCGGUCAACCGGAUUCUCAGGACCAACCUUCCGUCGGCCGGCGCCUCAUUGCCUCCUUCCGUGGACUCCCGGCCCGACGACGUGUCCGGAAUCAAUCAGGUCUGCUCGAAGAUCUUAUCCGCGAAGAAGAAGUGUGAUUUACACUUGGUGGGAUUUUGUGCCGGUUGCUAUCGUUCACCUCGAUUGUCGUGCUUCUUCUUUGUCGUCCUCGCGAGCGUCAUUUGUGUCCCAUUCAUGGUGCGCAUUUGGUUGCAUGUUGAAGGGGAACUCGUGUGGCAGCCAUAA